CCUUCUUUCCAGAGUUUCUUCAGAAGGGAAGAGGAGGAAAAUUAUAAAUUAUAAAAAUGUAGCUGUGAAAAGGCUAAAAUGAGCAUCUGGUCUAUUUUCCUGGUUUUACAGGGAAUACAAAGUGCAAUAUCAGUGCAUCAUUCUCUGCAGUAUAUUUACACUGCAUCAUCUGGAAUCCAAAACUUUCCAGAGUUUGUGGCUGUUGGUCUGGUUGAUGGAAACGAGGUCAUGUACUAUGACAGCAACAUCAGGGAAGCAAAACCCAAACAGGACUGGAUGAAGAAAGUCACAGAGGAUGAUCCACAGUACUGGGACUUUCAAACUCGGGAGUUAUUUGGAACCCUGAUGUCCUUCAUAAACAGCAUUGAAGUUGCAAAGAAACGAUUCAACCAAACUGGAGGUGUUCACAUCUUCCAGAAUAUGUAUGGCUGUGAGUUUGAUGAUGAAUAUAAAGAAGUUGAAGGUUGGGAAAACUUUGGUUAUGAUGGAGAGGACUUCAUCGCAUUAGACCUGAAAACAGAGAGAUGGUCUGCUCCAGUAUAUCAGGCUUCAAUCACCAAAAACAAAUGGGACAAUGACAAAAGGAAGAUGGCAGAAACAAAGUACUACAUCACCCAAACUUGUCCAGAUUGGCUGGAAAAAUAUUUGGAGUAUGGGAAGAACUCUCUGAAGAGAACAGAUUUUCCCUGGUUAUUAUCUCUCCUUCAGAAGCUUUCAUCCUCUCAAGUCAGUUGCCACGCUACUGGUUUCUAUCCCAGCAGAGCUGAAAUGUAUUGGAGGAGGGAUGGAGAGGAGAUUCAUGAGGAUGUGAACAAAGGAGAAAUCCUCCCCAACAAUGACGGGACCUUCCAGAUGAGUGUUGACUUAAAUAUUUCAUCCAUUUCAUCUAAUGACUGGAUGAGGUAUGAAUGUGUGUUUCAGCUCUCUGGUCUCAAAGAUCUUGUCAUUAAACUGGAGCCAGAAAAAAUUCAAACCAAUGAUGGAAAAUUUAGUUAUUUUAUCACCAUAAUUUGGGUAACGACAGGUGGAGCAAUAGGUCUUGCUGUAUACCAUUUAUGCCUGUGGAGAAAUUGUGGUUGGUGUUAUAAAUACUAAGAUGAGAAUCAGUGUCACCACAUCCACCAAGUGAACAUUAAAGAAAUUAUCCCUGGGAUUUUACUUAACUGGAAUUUAUAAAAAGUUUAAAUGAACAUCCUUUGGAAAAUGUUCAUAUUUUAGUAACUUGGUCCUCUGAAGAUGUAACUCUAUAUUACAAAAACACUAAGUCACUACUUUUGAAGUAGUUCUAUGUCUGAGUUUAAUUUUUUCUCAUAUGUAAUCAAAUAUUUGUAAAUAUUAGUAAAACUAAAUUACCUUCAAGGGAAUUGAUACUUACUCCGAUGCAUUCUCAUACCAAAUCCAGAUAUUAAUGUCAAACCCAGUAUAAGUAUCUUUUUGUUUGUUUGUUUUAUCUGUUGUGUAUUUUUGCUGUUUUUAAAUAAAGUGUUUAUUCAAAUUUCUAG